ACCGAAAUUGUAUAAGUUCAUUUUUUAUUUGCGCUAAUUUAUUUGCUAUAAAAUUAAAAUUGACUAUGCAGCCCUGAAAUGUUUCUUUUUGUAUGCAUCGAUCACCAAAAAAUUAUCGUUUACCGCAAUUCGGUUAAUGCACUACAACUUAACUCUCAAGAAGAGGGAGAGAUUUUGCAAAUUUAAUCUUAUUUGCUUUAGCUUUUCAAGCGGAGCCAAGUAUCGGAUUUGCGUCAUCGAUAGUUUCGAGUGAAAAUGCAGAAUUUAAAGAUUCAAGAGGAAAUCAAGGCGUUGAAGGACCUAGGGCAGCACUUCGAAGACCAAAUAAAGUUGACGAGCGUUGAGCUUGGUGACUUCUCAGACGAUGACCUGGCACUCCUUGACAAAUGCGUACAAUACUAUGCUUAUUCCUACAUUCACGACUUAAAUCUUAGCUACUUGCGUGAUUUCAACACUGCUAAGAAAAGGGAAUACAUAGAAAACAGGCACACCAGAGUGCAUCAGCGCAUUGAACUGCAACGCAUUAAGUCGGCCAUUGAAGAGACAUCUAGGGAUGUAGCUGUAUUGGAGAGAUUUAAAUCUGCUGCGGAAGAGCGGCUUAUUCCGGAUGCCAUUGUUAAUCAGCGAAACAACCAACAGCUUGCUACCAAACAGGGCUUGCUGGACAGGCAAAAAACUCUCAAGAUACCAAAGGAUUUUAACAUUGAAAGUGUCAUUGAGAAAGUGGACCUGUUAGAGCGGCGCUAGUGAAUGGUAUCGACAUUGUUUUUACAAAAUGAUUUAAUUAUAUUUACUCAGUAAUUCAUUAAACACUUUACAAUAACAUAAAAUCUGCAAAUAUAGACAAGCAGCAAAUGAGAAGCGCUUGCAGAAGGUUCCAAUUGUA